AUGUUACGGCUUGCGUCGCAUCAGCUCGCGAGAGCUUCGUCCCGCUCCGUACAGCCCGCAACCCGCGUGGCCGGUCGUCGAUUCGCAAGCUCCGGCGCGGCGAAACCCCGAAGCUGGAAGAACUUCGCGGCUCGCCUCGGCCUGGCUGGCGGCGCAGUCUAUCUUUACAACACCAACAAUGCUGUCACCCCACAUCCGAUAAUCCCUUCCAACACCCAGCCCGAACAGAACGAACCCGAGACAUUGCGGUCCGUCGAGGACAUCUCAGCGGAGCGACGCAAACGCAAUGCUGAAGUUCAGAAAGCAGAUGCGCCGCCACCAUCAGACUCGGACUCGGAGCGGACAGCAGUCGCUGGAGCAACUGGAGCCGUGGAAGAAGUGGCCGGUGGCAUCGAAGGCCUAGAAGAAGAGGCCGGCCAACAAGGGGCGUUUAAUGAGGAGACCGGAGAAAUCAAUUGGGACUGUCCUUGUCUGGGCGGCAUGGCCGAUGGCCCAUGUGGAGAGAAUUUCAAAGCGGCAUUCAGCUGCUUCGUCUACAGCAACGAAGAGCCCAAGGGUGUGGAUUGCAUAGACAAGUUCAAGAACAUGCAGGAUUGCUUCCGGCAAUACCCCGACAUCUACGGCGCCGAACUCGAGGACGAUGAGGAGCUAGAGGGGAUAGAGAUGGGAGAGAAAGAAGCGGCGGCUGCUGGAGCGGCGGUGGAGCCCCCUGAACUCGCCGCGAUGGACGUGGCUGGCGGCGUGAAGCCACCAAAGAACGAUGCCGAUGUUGUUGGAGCAGUUGCAGCGCGAACCGAUGCCACGAACGACGUCAACCCUCCACAAGCACCGGCAAGGGAAUCAGCGGAGAAGGGGCCGGCGGAAUCAGCGAGAGAUGAGGAUCCAAAGGGUGUUACACCGGGCGAACCUGAUGCGACCACCGAUGCACAGAAAUGAUCAAGCAGGAUUGUGUAUAAAAUACUGUAUAUGUGGCCGGGUUUCCUUACAUCUGGGAGCAUCCAAACUGCAUAUUAAGUAUCCCUCAUGAUAGACGGUGACGUUCUCCAAUCUUCAAUGUACGUUAGGAUCAAGCGUUUUUUGAAUAGAGCUUGCGGGUUUCGGAUAGGGAAUGUGGUGACCUAAUGAUCCACAUGUGCGACAGGCACAUCUUCUCCUGUAUCGCUGUAUCACCUACUAGUUCCAGGUAUCUGCAGCGAUAGUGAGAGAGCUGUCAACGACAUGGAAGCUCAUGUCCACCCCACCGACAUUAAUUAUUGGUUCCGCGUUUCCGAAAGCGUGAGUGUCGGUAUAUCGCGCCCG